CGCACACACGCACGCAGAGAGCGCACAUGGCUUUUUCACACAAGUUACCCGAUUCACAGUUCGCCUUGAAACUAUCCUUUUUCUUCACAGAUACUGCAGAUAUAUGGACGUAAUAGACCUAAACUGCAUAUAUAUUCAACAUUACUCGUAUUAUAUUUUUCCGAUCGCUGCUGAUGUCCAUAUAGUUAGCUCACUUCUUGUAGCUAGCCAUGUUUGCAGAGCUCAACAGCAUCCUGAACUCUUCCCCGGAGAAGUUCUCGCAGGAAGAGUUCAUCAUCAUCUCCGAGAGAAGAUGUGACGCCUCGUUUCUCAUCCAUCACUUUCUCUCAUUUUAUCUUCGAGCUCGCUGUAAAGUUUGUUUUUUGGGCCUGGUACAGUCCUUUAGUCAUUACAAUGCAGUCAGCCAACGAUUGGGUGUAAGUCUGGUCCAAGCGAAGGAGAAAGGACAGCUGGUGUUCCUGGAGGGUCUACAGGAGUCUUUGUCACAUCUGAUUCCACAAGAAGGACAAACGGGGAACGAGGCACUUAACUUUCUCAGGGAUCCCACAAAGGGCCUUCGGGAUCUGUUCCAGUUUGUGCGUUCCAGUUGCAGUGAUCCCUCGGGUGCUCCUGACAGCGGUGGGCCGUCAGAGGAGUGGGGCCCCCCGGUGCUGCUGGUGGAUGACCUCAACCUCCUGCUCAGUCUGGGUGUGAGUGUGGGGGCCGUCCUGGACUUCAGCCACUACUGCAGAGCCACAGUCUGCUCCAGGCUACAGGGAAACGUGGUGAUGUUACUCCAUUGUGAUGAAGAGGAAGAUGAUGAUGAAGGUGCAGAACAGCUCCUGAGAGGCCUAACUCACCAGUGCUCGCUCGCCCUUCAUGUACAGGGUCUCCCCACCGGCUACUGCAGGGACAUACACGGACAGAUGGAGGUGAGCUGGAGACGGCGUCAGGCUGAUGGGCAGAACUCAAUCAACAAACUCUUUCAGUUCAAGGUCCACGACAAAGGAGCCUCAUUCUUCGCCCCAGGAACAUCCAGUGCAGUUCUAUAGCAACAACAGAACACAACAUAACACAACAAUAGUAUAAGACCACGUGAAAUACAAGGCACAGUUAAAGUGUGUAUGACUGGGUUUUAUGAUUCUCUAAUUUUGACUUAAUUUGGUGACAUAAUAACAGUUGUAAAUAUAAAUUAUAGUUUUACACCCAGUGUUGGGGAGUAACAGAUUACAUGUACCGGAGUUAAGUAAUCAGAGUACAAAUUAUGAGUAACUGUAUUCAGUCACAGUUACUGUUUCAGUAUACUUGGUUGAAAUAAAUGAAUUACAUUGCCUUAUGUUCCUGUUUUCACAUUUGGGGCUAUAUCCCUUUUUUUUUUUUUAUUUUAUUUAGGUAAUUCCACUCAUUGCUGGAAACCCAAACAGAACGCGGCAAUAAGAGCGACGUAAACAUCUUGUUAACGGUAUCAGUCACACAAUGGACGAGGCGUUGAUAAUUAUCAGAUUCUGCCUCAUUUUGAGUAAAAAACAUCCAAUAUUACUGAUUUUUACUGGGCUGGUGCCUUUAUGUUUAUAGUGAAAGUGAUUUUCUUUCUAAAACAAUAUGACUCUUUAACAGUAGGUGGACAUAAUUUAAGGUGAUCUCAUAAACAAAGCAUUUCUCUAUCAAUAAUAUUUUUAAUCUGGUUAAGGAAAGACUGGACUUUUUAUUGUCUUUAAGCAGACAAAACAUUAUAUGUUACGAUUUCCUAGUCUUUGCUUCUCUACAGUAAACAAAAGUCUGUUCAUGGAGACUUGGGCUCAACAGACAAUUUGAAGAGAACAAACAAGAAAUUUCAGAAUGUGGUUGUUGCAUUCAUGUCAUUUUAAAAAACAUGACAAUAUCAAGUAAUCCAAAGUAUUCAGAUUACAUUACUCACUUUAAGAAAUUUAAUGGAUUACAUUACUAAUUACAUUUUGGGGUAUGUAAUCUGUAGGGGAAUACAUUUUAAAAGUCACCUUCCCAACACUGUUUACACCAAUCAAGAAACAAAUUACAAAAAAAAGUUGAAAAAUAUGUUGGAAAUUACAGGAAGUAGGAUUGGGAGUAGCAGUUCCAUAUUGAUGAUACUAUGCUGGGAGAAUUCUGUCUAAAAAGUUUGUCACAACAAGAAACACAUUGAACAAUAUAAAGGGAUUUUCUUGUAUUUUUAUUUGUCAAAUAAACGUUUCUCUGUACAUUAGAAGAGUUUUGCUUGGUAACAGGUAUGAUGUCAUGAUUUCCAACCAGGAAGUACAAUUUUAAACAUGCAUAUUGACCAAACUGGGAAAAAAUAGUAACAUUUCUUACAUCUUAAAUAUAAUGGUCUUAACUGUGUUUUGGUCAAAUUAGUUAUCCAAGCUAUCAUAGGCACUUUCAAAUAUAUAAAAACGUGUAAAUGUAUGGCUCAGUCCUUAUAAUAUUGCCUUUUUACAAAAUAAAUGUCAUUUUCUUACA